GUGCUUUUCUCUCCCGAAAUCAAUUUUCACAUUCUUCCAGCACUCCACGUAGUCCAGAACAUGAUCAAUCCCGCCAGCGACCGCGUCCUCAACUUCUCUGCAGGCCCCUCGACUCUGCCGCUAUCUGUGCUCGAGGAGGUGCAGCGUGAUCUGCUCAACUACAAGGGCACCGGCGUGUCGGUCCUCGAGAUGUCGCACCGCUCCAAGCCGUAUGACGCGAUCAUCCGCGAGGCCGAGGCUACGCUGCGCCGUGUCCUCGACGUCCCCGCCAACUACGCCGUGGUGUUUCUACAGGGUGGCGGCACUGGCGAGUUCGCUGCCUCCUACCUGAACCUCUUCGCUAGCAAGUCCGUGCGCGCAAAGCAGGCAAAGCUGGGCCGGCCGCUGUCCUGCGACUAUAUCGUCACGGGCUCGUGGUCCAAGGCUGGCAUGAAGGAGGUCAAGCGGCUGGGCGGUCACAUAAACACCGUGAUCGACGGGGUUGAGGGAAAGUACGUUGGCGUGCCGCCCGUCAGCGAAUGGCGGCUGGGAAAGCCCGAGGAGACGGCGUUUGUGUAUUACUGCGACAACGAGACUGUCAAUGGCGUUGAGUGCAGGCCGGAGACGGUCGUGGAUGCGGUUGAUCCGUCGGUACCCGUGAUCUGCGACAUGUCGUCCAACAUGAUGUCGCGGCCAAUUGAUAUCAAGCGCUUCGGGGCGAUCGUUGCGGGUGCGCAGAAGAACAUGGGGCCCGCCGGCGUUACCAUUGCGAUUGUGCGCGAAGACCUGCUUGAGCGCGACGAUGAUCCGGAGGUACUGCGGGCUCUGCCAUCAGUGCUCGACUGGCAGUACUACAGCAAGGCUGGCUCGCUGCCGCACACGCCGCCGUGCUUUACGAUCUAUGUCUGCGGGCUGGUGUUCAAGUGGGUCGAGAGCCUGGGUCUGGAGAAGGUCGAGGAGCUGCGCGAGGAGCGGGCCAAGCUCGUCUAUGACACUAUUGAUUCGCACCCAGAGUUCUUCAAGGGCCCGGUCGACAAGCAGUAUCGCAGCCGCAUGAACAUUGUGUUUAAUCUGCCGACCAAGGAGCUGGAGGCGCAGUUUGUCGCUGAGGCGGCCCAGGAGAACAUGAUCCAGCUCAAAGGUCACCGCAGCGUCGGCGGAAUCCGCGUGUCGCUCUACAACGCCAUGACCAUCGAGGGCGCACAGGCCGUUGUCCAGUUCAUGCUGUCAUUUUAUGAGCAGAAU